CCCCAACAGUAAGCAGCUCAAACACAUCAUUUGGGCUUUUUAUUGAUCUAGCCUUACAUGGAUAGCCUUAUUAAAUGCACCUGAACGAUGACCGCGACGGUCCCUCAAACUCGUGAGCCCCUCAGCAGCGGCGAGCGGGCUGACCACGUAGCAGCUGAGCUUCAAGCCGCAUUUGGGGCGCCCGCGGGUUCGUCAGAUGUGCAGCGAGUGUGCAGCCUGCUCGCCCUUCUUCGCCAACAGUUCAGCGAACAGGCGCCGAAGAAUUGGCCGGCGGACACUGUAAAAAGACUAUGGCAAUCAAUCACUGGGGCGCUGCGGGUCGCUCAGGCUCCGGAGGUGCAAAUAGCCUCGUGCGCAGCCGUGGAGGCUUUGGGCCAGAGCUGUUCGUCCUGCACGGACCUUGACCGGGAGCCUGCAUCGGUGGACGAUGCGGUGUCUGUGGUGGUGGACACGAUCACGGGCGCGGCAGUUGCCGGCGGCAACAGACAGGUGCUGGCGGCGGCCGUCAAGGCGCUGCUCAGCCUCAGCGGCUGCCUCAACUGCCGCUGCUUCUAUGACAAGGCGACGCAAGAGGUGCUGGGCAAGCGCGGUGCGGUGCGGGCGCUGCUGGCGGCGCUGCGGGUGUUCCUUGCGCCGCCGCCGCCCGCCGCCGACGCUGCCUCGGGCGGGGACGGCGCGGAGGACGUCGUCGCCGCGGCGGCCGCUGCCACGGCGGCGCAGCAGCAGCAGGCGGUUGCUGACAUCUUCCGCGCGCUGCACUACACCUGCCUGCUGCACCCCGGCAACACGGCGGCGCUGGUUUCGGAAGGCGGCUACCGCCUCAUCAUGGAUGGGCUGGCGGGCAACGGCAAGGACCUGAACGUGCAGGAGCACGGCGCCAUGCUGCUGGCGGAAAUGGCCUGCAGCGGCGGCGGUGGCAAUGGCAGUGGAGGCGGCAGCGGGGGCGAGGGCGGCGUGGCUCCGGGCGAGGUGCUGGACGCGGUAGUGACGGUGGCCAACAUCGCGCGGCUGCAGCUACAGGACAAGUACAUCGAGGUGGCGCGCGCGGCGGUGUGGAGCCUGGGUCGCUUGGCCGCACACACCCUGACGGUGCCGCUCGCCAGCAGCAGCAGCGACAGCGCCGGCACCGGCGAGGCGGCGGGCUCUCGUGAUUCGCAGCUGUCUGAGGCGUGGCCGCUGCUGAGCGACCCGGUGCUGCGUGUGGUGGUGUCCAUGCUGCAGAGCUGCCACCUGCAGGACGACCCGCUGGUCAAGCACUGCCUGGACUACAUCGCAGUGGUCGCCUCCGCCGCGCCCCUGCACCGCAGCGCCCCAUCCGCAUCCGCAGCAGCCGGUGUGGCCGCGGCCGCGGCCGCCAACGGCAACGCCGCGCCUGCCGCGCAGGCGGGCGCGGAGGAGGACGGCAGCCCCAGCGGCGGCGCGCUGCAGGCGCUGAUGCGGCUGGCGGCUGAGGCGGUGCUGGCGACGGCGCGGGUGGCGUGCGACAUCCGGCUGCAGGCGGUGGUGCUGCGCACGCUGCACGUGCUGCUGAACCGCUUCCCGGGCGCCGUGGCGCUGGGGCUGGGCCCGCGCCAGGCCGAGGUGGUCGACCAGAUCUUCCGUAUCGGCACCGCCGCGCGCCAGACGCUGGAGCAGCAGCAGGCGACCGCCGCCGCCUCGGCCGCGGCGGCGGCGGGCAGCGCAGCCGCAGGCGCUGCCCCUGGUGCGCCGCCCGGCGGCGCCGCGGCGCCGUCUGGCGGGUCGCACGCGGCGCACCAGGCCUCGCAGCAGCAGCUGUUUGCGUCCAAGGACCUGUUCUUGGUGCACCUGUUCUCGCUGACGUCAGCGGCAGCGAUGACGGACCCAGCCGCCUUCGGCGCCGCCACCGUGACGGCGGCGGCGGCGGCAUCGGCCAACAGCAGCUCCGUGGGCGCCUACCAGGCCCACGUGCUCACGUGCCUGUCGGGCGUUGCCCGGCACCUGACGGAGGGCGGCGGCGGCGACACCAUUUCGUACGAAGCUGCCGUCGCGGCGACGGAGCCCGCGGCGGCAGGCGAGCCCGCUGCUGAGCCGCCGGCCCCUGCGCCGGCGGCGAUCAGCGCCACCGACAUGGCCGCGACGUUGACGGUGGGGUGCUGCCGCUACGCCUGCCACUGCUGUUUCAUCCAUGACACCGUGCGCGGGGUGGAGGUGCUGGCAGCAGUGCGCGCGGCGGCGGCGCUGCUCAGGUGGUGCGCCGGCGCCGACGGUGUCAACGCCGCGGACGUGCGCGACGGCACCACGGCAUUGCACGUGCUGGCGGCGGGCGGCGCGGUACCGCUGCUGGCUGCUUUCAUCCAGGCGGCGGGCCCAGGGCUGGACUUCCUGCGGCGCACGCGCGCGGGCGCCAACGCGCUGCAGCUUGCGCGUGGGCGGAAGCACACCGCAGCCGCGCAGAUGCUGGAGGAGGCGACUGAGUCGGCUGCCAAGGCCGCGCAGGACGCGCUGCUGAAGGAGCUAGAGGCGGAGGGCGCCGAGGCCUCCAGCGGCCCCUCGAGCGGCAAGCGCACAGGCUCCGCUGCCGGCUCCACCGCCGCAGCGUUGAAGCAUCAGCAGCACCAGCACCAGCAGCAGCACAAGCACGCCGCGGCAGGUGUCGGGCAGCACCCUACCAUCGGCGCUGCGCCCGAGGGUGACAGUGAGGAGGCCCGGAAGGCCCGGGAGGAGCUGGAGCGCAAGCGCCGGGCCGCUGAGGAAGAGUAUGAGGCGGCGCUGGAGCAGCGGCGGCGCCAGCUGGAGGAGGAGGCGCGGCUGCAGGCGGCGGAGGAGGCGCGGCUGAUUGAGCUGGCACAGCAGGAGAGCCUGCGCAUGGCCACGCCGCCGCCGGAGCCGCCAGCAGCAGCCCACGCACCUGCGCCCGCUGCCGCGCCCUCAACCUCUGGAGCGGCAGGCGCAGCGGACAAGGCGACCGCGGCCGCGAGUGCCGCAGCCGCUGCGUCGGCCGCGGCGGAGGCCUCUGCCGCCGCAGCCGCCGCUGCUGCCGCUGAUGAGCAGCUGGCGGCGAUUGCCGCUGCUGUGUCCGCGCAGGCGGUUGGCGGCGGAGACACCGCCGCUGUGCCGGGCUCACUUGAGGCGUCACUGCAGGCCGCCGCCGCCGCCAUGGCGUCAGGGGCGCCGCUGCCGCCGCACGUGGCUCAGAUCCUGGCGCAGCUGGCAGCGGACCAGCAGAUGGUGGCGGCGGCGGCCGCCGCCGCGUCACAGGUGCCGCCGCCGGCGCACCACCUGCCGACGCUGAACGGCCCUAGCGGCGGCGGCGCACCGCUGGGGCAGCUGUCUCUGUCAUCGAUGGACGAGCAGGUGACGAUGAUGCAUGGCGGCACGAGCGGUAUGUCGGGCAUGAGGCGUGUGGUGUCGAAGGGCACGUUCCUCAGCCCCCCGGAGGAUGCCAACGCUGUCGCCGCGGCCGGCUCCGGCCACGGGCACGGCCUGCUUGGCCACGGCCCCGCCGGCCUGGGCGGUGUGGGCGGCUACGCCGGCUCGUUUGGGAACCUGCUGGCGGCUGGCGGCGCGGGCGGUGAGUCUGGGGGCCGUGCUUCCGGCUUCGAUGGCGGUGUCCGCUCCGGCAGCCUCGGCGGCGCGAGUAUCGACAGCAGCGGCGGCAUGCCGCAGGGCUGGCCGGGCAACGCCGGCCCAACCGGCGGCGGGCAAGCGGCCUUCAUCAACAGCGCACUCGGCAACCAGGCUGCGCCGGGUAUGCCUCGCGCCGGCCCCGGCAACGACAUGUGGAUGGGCGGCGGCGGCGGUGGCGGCGCCUCCGCCGCCACUGGCCGCGGCAGCCACGCCGACCUUGCGGGUCUCGGCGGCGCCGGCGGCAUGAUGCAGCCCUCUGCGCCGGCGGCGCCUCCUGCUCCACCACCGCCGCCGGCUCAGGCAGCGGCGGCCGGCGGUCUGCACGAGGCACUGGCAUCCGGUGGCGGCGAGAUGUGGAGCCUGGCGGACGAGCCGUCACGCGGCCCGUCACGCCAGUUGUGGCUGGGCAACGUGGCGCCCGGCCUGCCCUCCGGUCACCUGCAGGCGCUCUGCCAGCAGUUUGGCCCGGUGCAGGACGCGGCGGUGGCGCCGGGCACCCUGUCCGCCGCCGUGCUGUUCGCCCGGCCCGACGACGCCUCCCGCGCCGCACACGCCCUGCACGCACGCGACGUGCCCGGCCUCUCCUACGAGGGCAAGUCCCUGGUCGUGCGCUACUGCAGCACUGCCUCAGCCGACGCCGCGGCGGCGGCUCCGCCGCCUGGCGCCGGCGCGUCCGGCGCCGGCGCGCCGGGCAACGCAAGCAGCGCCGGCGGGGAGGGCGUGCUGGGCCUGGGCCUGCCGCCGAGCCUGGAGGCGGCGCUGGCGGCGGCGGGCUUCGGCCCCGGAGCUCUGGAGGCGGCCAUGCAGGGCCUGCUGCCGCCCGACCAGCAGGCGGCGCUGCACGCAGUGCUGCUGCAGGUGUCGCAGGCGCCGGCACCGCCCGCGGCGGCACCGGCGCCGCAGCCGCAGCCGCGCACCGCGCCGGUGCCUGGCAGCGGCCGGCCGCCGCUUAGUGGGAUGCACGGUUCCAUGGGCUCCAUGGACCACCUGGCAGGCAUGGUGGGAGCCGGCAGCGUCGGUGACCUGGCGGCGCUGCAGGCGGCUGCGGGGCUGGGUGGACACGGGUUCCCUGGAGACGGCGCCGGGGGCGCCGGCAACCUGUUUGGCGGUGAUGACGGCGACGGUGCGGGCAUGGCGGGCCCAAGCGGCGGCAGCCAGGGCGGCGGCAGCACUACCGGCGACAUGGAGGGCGACACGGUGGAUGUGCCUGAGGGCAAGCCCAGUCGCCACCUGUGGCUGGGCAACAUUCCGCUCAAGCCCAACAAGCUGGCCAUGGAGCUCCUGUUCGCGCGCUUCGGUCCGCUGGAGAGUGUGCGUGUGUUCCCGGGCAAGACCUUCGCCUUCGUCAACUACCUGGCGCCGCAGCACGCCGUGGCCGCCAAGAUGGCCCUGGACGGCCAGCCGGCGCCCUCGGUGACCGGCUCCAAGCCCAUGGUCAUCCGCUACCAGAAGGACACGUCCACGGUGCCAGCCAACCUGGGCAUGACCGGCGGCAAGUCCAUGAGCAGGUCCAGCUCCACCCAGAACCUGACCGGCCUCACCGCCGCUGCCAGCCUGGCCCGGCUGCUGGACGAGGACCUGCCGCCCGAGCCCGCCGUCAACCUGUCCAACAAACUCAACCCCAACAACAUCCACUACGACAGAGAGCUGGCCGCGCGCUACAAGCGCAUGAGCAAGGCCGAGAAGGAGGCGCUGUGGGCUCAGGACCGGGCAAUGCAGGCGCUGGGCGCUAACGCAGCCGCCAUGACCGCUGCCGUCAACGCCGGCGCCGCGGGCAUCGCCGGCCUGCUUGACCCCACCAACGCCGCUGCUGCUAGGCUGCUGGCACAGGCGGGCCUGGGCAACCUGGCCGCAGGCCUGAGCGGCGGUGCCGGCAGUGACUUCCUCAUACCCCGCGUCAUGUCCGCCGGAGCGCUCGACUACCUCGCAGCCAGCCACGGCGCCGCCGGGCACGGCGGGCACGGCGGCGGCGGCCACCCGGGUCACCAUGGCGGGAUGGGCGGCUUGGGAGGCCACGCCGGCGGCGGGGGUGCGGGCGGCGGCCACCACGGCGGCCUUUUCCGCGUCAACACCACGCAGAGCCUGCUGGGCAUGCAGCAGGCUGCCAAUGCGGCGAUGCUGUUGCCCGGGAUGGGCGGCGGCGCAGGCGGGCUGCACGGGCUGCUUGGGCAGCAGGGCCCUGGGUCCAGCGGCGGCGGCCUGGACGGCGCGGCGGCAGCGCUGCAGCAGCAGAUUCAAGUUCAGCAGCAGGCGCUCCAGCAGCAGUUGCAGCAGCAGGCGCUCCAGCAGCAGCUGCAGCAGCUGGCGGCGGGCGGCGGCGGCGGCAACGCGCUGCUGAACAACCUCGCCGUCUCGCAGGCGCUCGCAAACCUCGGCCUGACCGGUGCCGGUGGUGCCGGUUCCACCGCAGCUGCAGCGGCUGCCGCCGCCGCAGCUGCUGUGGCGCAGGGGGCCGCGCGCGGCGGUGCGGGUGGUGGCGGCGGCGCGGGCGGUCUUGACUGGGCGUCGAUGCAGGCGGCCCUAGCCAACCUAGGCCUGGGCGGCGGGGGCGGAGCGGCGGGCGGCUCGCCAGCUGGUGGGCCCCAGGCGCCUGCGGCGCUGGCUGCGCUGCUACAGCAGCAACAUCAGGCGCAGCAGCACCAGCAGCACCAGCAGCACCAGCAGCAGCGCAUGCAGCACCAGCAACAACAGCAACAGCAACAGCAACACCUCUCGGCCGCGCUGGCCGGGCCCGACGCUGGCGGCUUCGGCGGCCCGCAGAAGCGCCUCCCGCACGUGGGCUCCCAGUCGCGCCUGGGCCAGACGCCUGGCCUGCCGCCGGGCGGCCUGGGUAACCCGCUGCUGGACCCCACCACGGCGGCAGCGCUGAUGGGUGGGCUCCAAGGCCUGGGUGGCGCCGGUGCACCCGGUGGGCCUGGCUCGCUGCCGCCACCCGGCAUGGGCAUGGCACCGCCGGCCGCUGCGGGGAUGCAGCGGCCGCCCAUGGGCAACACGUUCAAGCCGAUCCCGCCCAGCUUCCUGUGCCCGCUCACGCGCACCCUUAUGUCUGACCCGGUGGUAGCAGCGGAUGGCAUCACCUACAACCGCCCCGCCAUUGCCGACUGGCUGCGCCAGCACGACGCCUCGCCGGUCACGCGGCAGCCGCUCGCCAAUAAGAUGCUCACGCCAAACGUGGCGCUGCGCAACGCGAUCAUGUCGGAACUUGGCUUCACAAGCAGCGGCUGAUCGCCUGCUAGGGCGCGUAAGCUAGGGCCUGCUUUGCGCAAGGGCUGGUGCCAUUUGCGUAUGUCGUACCUAUGAGGCGUUUACGUAUCGACGUGUGUGUGUGAGUGUCUCUAUGUGUGUGUCAUGGCUGGUGGCGGCGGGUGGAGGAGAACGUGUGCAUGCAAGCACCUGGGGGCCUGGCCAAUGCUGCAGGCUGGUGUACCUGCGGCGUCGGGGCAGGGGCAUGGUCCAUCGAGGACGUCGUCUUGGUACGGGUAAGGUGGUUGUGUCUGUCAUUGGUCCAGGAGCGCGCAGGUGUUUGCGCUGGCCCACAUUUGCACAAUUGCUGCGUGGAUGCAGCAGACGGCGGCCUGCCAAAAGAUAGAGUGUGAGCCUGUCGCGUCGGGUGAAGGGCAGAGAAAACGUGUUGGGGCUAUUUCCAGAGCACACGCGCCUGGGGAGCAGACCGGCUGAGAAGGGCGUUGUGCCGGUGCUGGUAUGCGUGCGCUUUGCGACUGGACCUUCGCAGGCGCAGUCAGAACCGUCGGGUUUUUGUGCGUUUUGAGUCGGGGCGUUGAUAUCGGCCAUUGCUCAGGAUGUUGGCUACCCGGCAUCAUGUGGCGUAGCAUGAUGCCAGGACCAAUUUAGGCUGGACAUCAGAGCCAUUGAUUCUAGCCGUGCAAUUGCGUGCCGAAGCAAGUUGUUUCAGGAGCAUACACCGCAUGCUCUUGACCCGCUUGCCCUAGGUGCAGUGUUCGUGCGGGUGUGGGAGGCGUUGACCAGGCGUCAUCUGUCCGGUGCUGUUAAUGCUGCGAUGAUGCCUGAUGGUGAGCCGCAGGUGCGUGCUGAAUAGGAGUACGACAACCGGGAGAGUCGUCAGGUCUUUACGAGCCCAGGCCGUCAAGCAUUUGCGUUUGUACAUGUCGGGGGCGCCAGAGAGAAGAUACCGUACGUGUAGCACUUCGCAUUUUGGGGGUCGGGUAGUCCCAAAAGAAGAUGCGAAGGUGUGGGAGUCGGAUAGGCUUGCUGUGGCGCAAUCUGCAGCCUAGAUGCUGCUACGGAAGCGGGCAGUAGGCGAGGGGGAGGGCGAUCGGGUGUGCGUGCGGAGGCUGCACUGACACCUAAAUCGCUGCUGGAAAGGGUGGGAGGCGCCGCCUGGCCACAGUGGCAGCUUGGAUGUUGCCGUUGCCAGAUGGACAGCGUGUGCAUGGACGGCACGAGGAGUUGGCACGAGGUGUGUUGGUAGGCGAGACCAGCAGGUGGUUGCUGCCCAGCGUAUGAUGAGCAGGGUCACAGCGAAUGGAGCGCUGGCAUCGCGGGGCAGGCUAGCUUCACACUGCCGAUUUUGGACGGCGCUUACGCAGUGGCGCCAACGGCAACCGAACAGUGUGUAACGGCACGCACUG